AUGAUCAAACAGCUUUCUGCAUCUCUACAACUGAACGGCGAGAUCCGAAGCAACUGUAUUAGGUUGCCGAGUCACCUGUGCGAUUUUUUAUACGAGAGUGGCGUGCCCCUUCAAGACUACUGGUUUAAUAUCGAUGACAGGUUUUUCCUUUCUUGGGACGGGUUUGAUAGCAAAGAUGGGGAAACUGUAGAGAUCAAUCCCAUUCUUGCCAAACAUCUACACGGGCUUGAGGCGAAUAAGAAAAUACGGCUGUCUAUGGGGGUCUUCCACGGCGAUAUUCUGAAAGAAGUACACGUGAGCCCUUUGACAAGCGAUGAUUGGGAAAUAAUGGAAGGGAACGCUAAUUUGCUGAGAAAUGAGAUUAUAAGACAAGCCAAAAUUGUAAGCUUGGGGAAUGCUCUUAUCUGCUAUAUCGGCAAUGUCACCUGUAAUUUCAAAGUCGAUAGCUUGGUCCCCGCAAAGAGCACUUGGGGGAAAAUCGGAGAAGGUACAUUAGUAAUUGUACAACCAAGAGUAAAUACUGAACGACUCAGUAACAGGGGUAGAGGAGCUAGGGAUAAUAUCACUUCCGUAUAUUACCGAACUUUGGCUCGUUCCGUAUCUUACGAUAAAAAUACCGACCAGCUUCUAGCCUUUGUGAACGAUGACGAAUUGGUGUCUGCUUAUGCCUACGUCAGCAUUCUCCUCAAUGGCCCGCAAAAAACCAGUCAUUCUAAGAAAGCAGUGAAAAAUUCCAGUGAGCCCACGUUACGGAUAGGCAUGAAGAUUGUAGGGUCACCUCGCGGCAGAAUUCCCCCAAAGCAUAUUGCACUUUCUGGAAACGCUUGGAAGUCUCUAUUACCAAAAGAAGAUAAGAAUAACGGUCUGAUUGUUAAGGUGGAAUACUUGGGGGAAGACUCUGUGCCGUGGUUUAAUGAUGUGAAAGACAUGACAGUGCAAAUAAAACAUUCUCUUAAAGUCCAGGACGAAGAUAAGCGAGACUCUGAAGUGUUUGUCCAAAAUAUCGAUAUUUUAACGAAUAGGAUGCUACUCUUGCACAGUGGUGAUGUACUACAAAUCGAACAUUUAACGGAGGAAAAGAGCCACUGUUCAACCGUCCAAUUAUCAUCAGUGUCGAGUUACCAGUUUGUCCAUACGGUGUGCUCUGAGAAUAAAUUGUUAUAUUUGGACAAUGCGCCCACUACCCCUCAGUACUUAGAGACGAAUGACAUUUUGCCCAAAAUCGAAACAUAUGUAACAUCGCCUGUGGUCCCCUCACCGGGGAUACUUUUGGAGGGCAAGGAGAAGACUGGGAAAACGAGCCUACUUUUGACUCUGAGAGCGAGACUACUUUCAAGGCAUGUGCAACAUGCUAUUUACAUUGAUUGUGAAACGUUAUCUGAAAGUUUCCAUUUUGAGAAGAUGAAAAGUAUGAUUAACGAAUGGUGCAAACUUGCUUAUUUGCACAAACCUACGGUGUUGCUACUAGACAACGCGGAUUUCGUAUUCACACAAUUGAAAACUGAUCCUAGUGCGUCGAACGGUAACACGAACACGCUUCCGAACAAGUUGUCAAACAUUCUAGCCAAUUCUGUGGUGAAACUUAUUGCAAGGGCCCAAUCUUCUCUCCGAAUAGUAUUUUCUGCGGCGCACAGAGAGACGUUGAACAACGCUUUGUUUGAAACCCAUGUCAUCAGCGAGACAUUCUGUUUGAAAAGCCCGUCUAAGACAGAGAGAGCCGAUCUAGUGGGGCACUACCUGUGCGAGGGGAACGCGCUCCCGACAUCUUUGAAACUCUGCGACACCCUAGACGUCAGUGAUAUCGCAUCCGAGACGGAGGGGUACUUUCCCUUCGACUUGAAGAAUUUCGUUAUCAAGUGUCACUACGGGUGUCAAAUGGCUGGGUCUUCCAUACUAACGAACGAAAUAUUUGAGAAGACACUAUCGCAGUUCACACCCAUAUCGUUCCAAUCUGCGCCAUCGAGCAAAACGAACCGUGCAGUGAAAUGGGAAAAGAUUGGGGCACUUUUUGAGGCAAAGCGAACUUUACUGGAGACACUCGAGUGGCCCGUGAAGUAUGCUCCGAUCUUCCAAAACUGCCCCCUGCGGUUACGAUCCGGUAUCCUACUGUACGGGUAUCCAGGGUGUGGUAAAACACUUCUUGCCACUGCUGUUGCAUCGCAGUGCGGACUCAACUUCAUUUCCGUGAAGGGUCCCGAGAUCCUGGACAAGUACAUCGGUGCCAGCGAGCAGAACAUCAGAGACCUUUUUGAGAGGGCCGAGGCAAUCAAACCUUGCAUCAUAUUCUUUGACGAGUUCGACUCCAUUGCACCCAAGAGGGGACACGACUCCACUGGUGUCACUGACCGUGUAGUGAACCAAUUGCUCACGCAGAUGGACGGCGCAGAGGGGCUAGACGGCGUUUACGUACUCGCCGCAACGAGCAGACCAGACCUGAUCGACCCGGCCCUGCUGAGACCCGGCCGGCUGGACAAGAGUGUACUCUGCGGGAUGCCCACUGAGCCGGAACGGCUCCUAAUCCUCCGGAGCAUCGCUGACCCGAGCAUGGCAGAUGCGCACCUAUCGGAGAUCGCAAGGCGCACCCAGAACUACUCGGGUGCCGAUUUACAAGCAUUGUACUCCAACGCGCACCUGCGCGUGGUCCACAGAACCCUGCGCCAAAUGAACCUGCACCACGCCGGCACAAGCAACAAACUACAGUUCACAGUGAUCAACGGGCAAGCCACCGCGGCGGACGCGGCCCACGCGGCAAGCCUACUGCCGCAGAGGGAUACACCCGCGGGCGAUGACGCACAGGGGACCGGCCCUGACACGCCCAGCAUCACACUAUCCGAUUUGGAGGAAUCCCUAAAGGAGACAAAACCGAGCAUCUCACUGCACGAGCUGCACCGCCUGUCCCGCAUCUACUCCCAGAUGGAUGACGUGGACAGGACGGGCCAGCUGCCCACGGGGCAGGCCCCAGACCAUGUGGGCUCCCGCCUGUCCCUUAUGUAG